GUGCAAUUGUCACAACGACAGUAGAUGUCCUUGAGAUUAUUCAUUGAUGUCAUUGAUUCAGCCCCCAUUGUCUACAGUAUAUAAGAGUAUAUCGCCAACCCAACAGAAAUACACAGAAGAAAGGGUGAAUGCACAGAAACAGAUUUGAGCAGAAAAGGAGCUUCUGAUAAUGGGGAGUCAAAGGACGCUUUCCGUGUUGCUUCUGUUGAUGAUGGGUAUGGUGACCACUGCUUUUCCUGCAACUACUACUAUUGCAGGCAUCACUUCAACGGUUGGCUCUUCAUCAGCCACUGUGUGUGGCACCCCUCCACUCAACAACAAAAUAGUGGGAGGAGAAAAUGCCCCUGCAGGAAGUUGGCCCUGGCAGGCAAGUCUCCAAACUUCUGACGGACAUGUUUGCGGUGGGUCCCUCAUCAACAAGGCGUGGGUGAUGUCUGCAGCCCACUGCUUCUCUAGCUCAGACCCAGAUGGUUGGAACAUUAGCCUUGGUCAACAGACCCUGGAGGGGAUUAACCCCAACGAAGUGUCCAGAACUGUGGCUGAGAUCAUAAUACAUCCAUCUUACAACGGUUUAACAAAGGACAACGACAUCGCUCUGCUCAGACUCUCCUCACCAGUCAACUUCACAAACUACAUCCGACCCGUCUGUCUGGCAGCAAGUGAUAGUGUUUUCAACAAUGGUACUGAUAGCUGGGUGACCGGCUGGGGCAACAUCAAUGAAGGAGUUCCCCUCUCAUCCCCUCAGGAUCUGCAAGAAGUGGAGGUUUCAGUUGUGGGGAACAGACAGUGUGACUGCCUCAAUGGAGCCGGCUCAAUCACAGACAACAUGCUCUGUGCUGGUGAUCUGGCAGGGGGCAAGGACUCAUGUCAGGGUGACUCAGGAGGUCCAAUGGUGAUCCAACAGAACUCUGUCUGGGUCCAGUCUGGGGUUGUUAGUUGGGGUCAAGGCUGCGCUCGGCCCAAUCUCCCUGGGAUCUACACCAGAGUGUCCCGUUACCAGUCCUGGAUCGACACCCAUAUCAGGACCGACAAGCCAGGCUUUGUCCAAUUUACCUCCAGUGGGGUAGAUGCUGACAGCGAUUACAUCUGUUCUGAUGGCCCAACAACUACUGUCGACCCCAACCCCUACCCCUACCCCUACCCUUACCCCUACCCUUACCCCUACCCUUACCCUUGCGAAUCCAUUUUUGAUCAUGGGCACAGUUUGUUCAGCUCCCUUUAUUUGCUGAGCACCUUGUUCAUUCUGAUGUUUCUUACCAUUUAAAUGAUUUCCGUGAUGCUGUCAAGGGCAAGGUUUAAUUGGCAGUCUGAGUGCAAGUGCAAUUCGUUCGGGAGAUGUAUCUUUUAAAGUAAUGGCUGGCAUGCUCUGGAAGAAAGAGAGUUGGGAAGGAGAUAGGAUAUGAGUUGGGAAGGAGAUAGGAUAUGAGUUGGGAAGGAGAUAGGAUAUGAGUUGGGAAGGAGAUAGGAUAUGAGUUGGGAAGGAGAUAGGAUAUGAGUUGGGAAGGAUAUGCAGCAAUAGGCUAUCUAGUAUAUUGUGUGUUCACUUUUCCCUGGGCACAUCUUGCUGAGUGAGUGUUGUUUUCAAUGGGCCUUACUGUUGUCUUGAUUUAUUUGUGAAGAUGGAUAACCUGAAAUGUAUUUACUUAUUUAUUAAAGGGGCAAUAUGGGAUUCAAACAAACAGUGACCCUGACAUUGUUUUGUAAAAAGCUUAGGGAUAGAGCUGAAGAAAUGUAUCUCUUAAAUUCAUAGACAGAGGGUUGGAAACAAUGACUGUCUGAUAGCUUUAACCAUGUUUUGUAAGCUUUACAAUGUUUUUUUUUUACAAUUACAUUGUUUAUAAAAAAUAUAUUAAAACAAGCUUAUAUUUUGGCUUGUGGUGAAGUAGGACAGCACUAAGCUCAUGAGACAUUUUAAGUUACAUUCUUCAAGAAUUAAUGGCUAUAUAUCAUUAAAGAGGCACUUUAGUCUCAUUUUCAUCUCAUUUAUCACGUUAUUUAUUUAACAAAAGGCACAUCUCAAUGGGUGGUUCAAGUAAGUCAUGACAUGGCACAAGUGGGAGGGGCUUUUCCCCUUCUGUUCUCUAUUGGUCGUCUAACCACUAAUUUGCACAAAACAUAUAUGUUAUACCCUUAAGUGGGUGUACAUUAAUUGGGAUAGAUAUUGUUUCAACAAGAAACAUUUUUAUUUUAUUUAUUUUUUUAGCUGGAGUGUGUCUAACUUAUAAGUAAAAAAAAAUGGGUGUACCAUUCCCAGAUUGCCCUUUUAAUAUUUGAGAAAUGACAAAUCCUUUUGCUAUGAAAGUUGUAUAAGAAUGAAAAAUCAAAUGUCUUUAUGGAGCGGCCUGCAGUGGUCUUGUGGUUAGUGCCACAGCCCGACUGGAUAGGAGCGUCUGCUAAAUGACUGCCAUGUAAAACGUCUCCUGUCUUUCUUGUCUCGUCUUCUAUCUUUCCGAUCAAUUAAAAGCAUGGUUAACACUAUGCUUUAAAUACACAUAUUAACCUUUCCUAAAGAAGGCACUGCAUUGUGAAACUUUGGUUGAGGUUUAUUCAUUAAAAUGUUGUGAACACAUAUAGAGUGGGUUUAUUCAUUAAAAUGUUGUGAACACAUAUAGAGUGGGUUUAUUCAUUAAAAUGUUGUGAACACAUAUAGAGUGGGUUUAUUCAUUAAAAUGUUGUGAACACAUAUAGAGUGGGUUUAUUCAUUAAAAUGUUGUGAACACAUAUAGAGUGGGUUUAUUCAUUAAAAUGUUGUGAACACAUAUAGAGUGGGUUUAUUCAUUAAAAUGUUGUGAACACAUAUAGAGUGGGUUUAUUCAUUAAAAUGUUGUGAACACA